AUGGGUUACUGCGCGGCCCUGAACUGCCGGAACGGCACCAGCGGGCUCUACAAGAACAGCUCGGUCAGUUUUUACAAGUUCCCCCUCCACAACAAAGCCCUCCUGAGGCAGUGGCUCCAAAACAUGGGCCGGGACAUGGAGACCCCCUCCAAAUACCAGUGCCUGUGCUCGGAGCACUUCGAGGAGAGCUCCUUCGAGACGCCCCCCGUGCAAAUCCACAGGAAGAGACGGCGCCUGCUGAAGGAAGCCGUUCCCAACAAAUUCAUCCUGGCCUUGGACGGGACCUGGCUCGUGGGGACCCCGCGGGUUUUCGCCGACGUGCUGAGCAACAAGAGCCGAAAACGGAUCCGGAAUUCCGAGCCCUGCAGGGUAAUUGUGGGGCUGGAUAGUGGGAAUGCAUUAAAUUAA